AUGCCUCGCCCGGGCAGAAACACUUACAGCGACCAGAAGCCCCCCUACUCCUACAUCUCCCUGACCGCCAUGGCGAUCCAGAGCUCUCCCGAGAAGAUGCUGCCCCUGAGCGAGAUCUACAAGUUCAUCAUGGACCGCUUCCCCUAUUAUCGGGAGAACACGCAGCGCUGGCAGAACUCUCUGCGGCACAACCUCUCCUUCAACGACUGCUUCAUCAAAAUCCCGCGCCGGCCCGACCAGCCGGGCAAGGGCAGCUUCUGGGCGCUGCAUCCCAGCUGCGGGGACAUGUUUGAGAACGGCAGCUUCCUGCGGCGACGCAAGCGCUUCAAGGUGCUGAAGUCAGAGCACCUGGCGCCCAGCAAGCCGGCCGACGCGGCGCAGUACCUGCAGCAGCAGGCGAAGCUGCGCCUCAGCGCGCUGGCGGCCACGGGCACGCACCUGCCCCAGAUGUCCACCUAUAAUCUCGGCGUGUCGCAGCCGUCCAGCUUCAAGCACCCCUUCGCCAUCGAGAACAUAAUCGCCCGAGAAUACAAGAUGCCCGGCGGGCUCGCCUUCUCCACCAUGCAGCCCGUGCCGGCCGCCUACCCGCUCCCCAACCAGCUCACCACGGUGGGCAGCUCCAUCGGCACGGGCUGGCCCCACGUGUACGGCUCCGGCGUGAUCGACACGGCCACCCCCAUCUCCAUGGCCGGCGGCGAGUACGGCGCCUACGGCGUGCCCAUCAAGCCGCUGUGCCACGGCGGGCAAACUUUGCCGGCCAUCCCCGUGCCCAUCAAGCCGACCCCCGCCGCCGUGCGCCUCCCCGCGCUGCCCGCGCCCAUCCCCACCAUCCUCUCGAACUCGCCGCCCUCUCUCAGCCCCACGUCCUCGCAGACGGCCACCAGCCAGAGCAGCCCGGCCACCCCCAGCGAGACUCUGACGAGCCCGGCGCCCGCUCUGCACUCGGUGGCGGUGCACUGACCCCGCGGUCUCUCCGCUCCGUCCCGCCGCACCUCCC